GAAACCGGGUUCAAAAGGGUUACGAGCAGAAUUCAGAUCAAGUUAUUUUGCUGUGUAAUAAGAAAAAUACGCAAAAUAUAAGGGUUCUCCGCAGCAGUUGGGUUGUUAGCAACAUGCUUCAGUAAGCAUCACGAGCUACUUUGAGAACCGACCAUUUUAAGGGACGGAAUAGGUUACCCGGCUUACCAUCAUCUCAACUGGAAUUUAUAGCGGACAGUGACAACCCGAAUUUUUCAGGUAUCAACAAAUCAAAAGAAUGAACUGUAAAACUAGUAUUGAAGCCAUCUUUAUCCUGGGGUUCUUAUCUGCUUGUUUGAUUGACGUGGUCAUGGCUACCGGAACGUUCUACUAUUUUGCGUAUGGCAGUAAUUUAUUAGCUAAACGAAUUCACAUACAAAAUCCAACUGCAGUUCGCAAAGGUUUCGGUUAUUUGAAGGAUUACAGUUUGGAUUUUUUCCAUUACGCAGCGCGAUGGCGAGGAGCUCCGGCAACAAUAGUGGAGCAGGAAGGGAAAACAGUUUGGGGUGCCAUAUGGGAGAUAGACAACAGCAAUUUAGCCGAUUUAGAUCGACAGGAAGGGGUGCACAAUAGCGUUUACAAACCUUUAACACUUCCCGUAGUGUUACCAACUGGAGAUACUCUGGACUGUCGCGUCUAUCAGCUGGUUCGCAACCCCUGCUGCUUGGCACCAGAUGCCGAAGAUAGACCCUACGAAAGGCAACCUUCCAAAACAUACAUGAAUAUCAUCGUCAACGGUGCCAAAGAAUCGGGACUUCCGGACGAUUAUGUUUCGUUGUUGAAAAGAAUUAAACAUAACGGGAACACUGGCGACCCACAGCUUUCUCUGGAGUUGGAAAAGCCUAUUGAAGAUCUAUAAAAAAUUGAAAAUAUUGCAUAUUAGGAAUCAAACGAAAUUUAUCCACAUACAUGAACUAAAUUUUUGCUUGUGAUUGUUGGUCGCUCAUCAGUUUUUGCUUCUGAGCACUGAUGAUUGCUGUUUAUUAGUUACAACCGUUGACGCUAUAAGCAUUAGUUCGCAUCACUUUGGUUAGCAGGAAAGGCGCGAUUGUUGCAGGACAAAUAUUGUGUAUGUAAAAAGUGUUAGCCGGUCUCAUGGUACAGUCGUCAACUCGUACGACUUAACAACAUGCCCGUCAUGGGUUCAAGCCCCAAAUAGA